CUUUCGCUGAACCAGAUCAAUCACCGCCUCUUUCAUCUCUUGUUUAUUUCGUCAACCUCCAUCUCUACCGCUUCUCCAUUUUCUCUCCCUCUUCAUCCUCAUCAAUCUCAAUCCAGAUCAAUCCCUACACCAUCCCCUGUCCCCACCCGGAUCUCCUCAUCAAUCUCAAUCCAGAUGGACUUCUCCCGAUCGUUUUGCAUUUCUCUCUUUUACACCUUGCAGAAUGAGAGUAGUGUAGCAGCGAGGAAGAGGAAGAUGUACUACUCAGGGGCAACUUUUAUAUUCUCCAUCGUCUUCGUCUUCUUGGGCUCUUCGCUCAUAGGAAUCACUCCGAGUUUAGAAGCAUGAAAGCAACUCCUCUCUCCACCCGGGUCUUAAAAUUCAGCCAAGAAAUGUAUAAAUGACGGUGAAGAGAAAAAAAUGAGUCACAAAGAGAUGCUUUUGGAGGCUGCCUGGACAGGUUAUGGUGAUUCUUUGUAUGUUUUAUUCAUUUUUACACUUGUGUGCUUACUUUCUGAGGCAAAGAUUUUAAAACUCAACUAUCACUCCUUUAGAUUUUAAUGAUUGACAACUUAAAACUGAACUAUUACUACUUUGGAUUCUUUGGUUUUGUUUCCUUAAUUUUCUUUUUGAAAUCCAGGAAUGCAAUUUGAUAGUAUUGCUUGAAAUAACUAAAAAUACUUUAAGUAAGACAUGCAUUAAAAAUUCUGAAAUUUUCUGUUAACAAUCUGAAAUGUGAUAUAAUCCUAUAAGUGAUCAUAAUGGAAUCAUGUAUGCUAUGAUUGAGUUUGAAAUAUCCAACAUAAUCUGAAACCUAAUGAAGUUGGGAAUUAUACCAAUGUUGCAAUUAAGAAGAAGACUCCUCAUAGAUUUCUUCUGUUUUCUGCUUGCUGUGUGUAUAUGUAUACAUCAGUUUCAUGGAAUAGCUAGGGUGCUUCUACCAAAUUAGUUUUUCCUUCUUAGUUUAUUCCAAUUAGUAGUCACUAUUUAUGUUGAGUACUUUUCAGCUUAAAAACAGGUAUGAGAAAAGAGAAUUUCAUGUGUGAAAGUAAAUGAGUACUUUUCAGUUUGAAAACAACUUUUCAAUACCUGGAUUAGGAAUGAUUUUUUGUGAAAGAUUGCAGAUCACAGUUUACUCAAUGAAACUUCUAUUUUGAUUAACAAAGAUUUAUAUUGAAGUUUGCAUUUCACACAUUACUCAAUAAAGCUGUCAAGCUGCUAUUUGUAUUAAUCCAAAACUGCUAUCAAACUAAAUCAUUACUUCCCUUGAAACAUUUUUUGUCAUCAGUAAACACAUUAAGCAAAGGUUAUGUACUCCAAUGUGUCCAUACUCAAUAGACAUUGGAAGAAAAAAAAUUGAAAUAUAAUUGAGUGAACCCGGUUAGUAAUGAUUGAGAACACCGGCAUGAAACGGGAGUGUGUAAAUUUUUAGUUGUGUUGAAUUACAUAAACACCAGUGGACUAUUCUGUUUGUAUUCCCUGAAGGUUUUCUAAGCAGCUCUUUUUACACUUCAAGUUUUAUGUCUUAUAUUUUGCAAGUAAUAUGUUUGACAAAAUGCUUAGGUGAUCUUAUUUGUUUCUAUUCACUGUUUUUUUUUUCAGAUCCUUAAAUUUGAAUAGGAUUUUAACACUCAGUUAUUCUAUUCUGACUUUAUGAGCAUAUACGAUUCCAAGCUUGAGUUUUAAUUUUUUUAACAAUCUUUGAUUUUGGUUAGAGUUAUUGGAAAUAUAGUUUUCAAAUAAGCUUCAUUUUUAAUGUUUUUACAAUCUUUGUCAGAAUCUUUGACUGAGGACUUCAAAGUUGCUGAUUUAAUACAACCGGUAGCUGCAAAUUGAAGUAACGAUGCGUUGUAUAAGUUCUGGAGGAGAAUGUCUAAAACUAAGGCAUAAUUUUUUUUAAACUCUUUUUAGGUUUUCUAUACACUGGCAACUUCACAAAACUUAUGACAAUACAAUUUGUGCUAACGGAAAGUGAAGGAAAUGGAGCUUCUUCAUACUAUUUUCUUAGGCAGUAAAUCUAAUGUAAGGACAUGCUUGAGAGUAUGGAGAUUUUAUAUUUUAGUUUUGAUCCAGUCUCAAAUUGUUAAAACACUCUUUAGUUGUCUUAAGAAUUUAUCAAGCACUAUAAAUAGCUACACAUAAAACACUCUUUAGUUUACAGUUUUUAAAACUACUUUUCGAAUAAUUAGCAAAGACAGACUACUUCAUCGCCUUUCCAUCUUUUGUAGUUCUGUCUUCCUCAAUUCUUCAGAACUCAUCUUCUUUCAUUUUUUAUGCCAUCUCAUCCCGGUAAAUCAUCAUCUCUUCUUUCUGGCCCGCCUUCAUCCUCCUGGUACAUCGUCAUCUCUCUUUCUUUUAGUAAUCAUUUUUAGUAUGAGCUAAUCGAUUUUCGAGGGCUGGAAUCUUAGCAUAUGGUUUUUGUAUUGUUUUUGGUUUUUAUUCAUAGCCCCACCUUCAUCCUGGUAGAUCGCUAUCUCCUUCCUCUUAUUAACGAUUUUUAUUAUGAGUUAAUCUUCCGAAGCUGGAAUGUAAUCGCAUGUUUUUGUAUUGUUUUUGGUUUUUAUAUUUGUUUCGGAAAACUGGAAUCCAUUUUAUUUUGGUUUUCUUUAAUCCACCUGCCUCAUCACUUUUAACUUACUUUUAUAGUUUUGUUGUACCUUGACUACCUUCAUUUAGGAUAUUCAACAUUUUUCUUGAAGGUGGCAAUUGUGACACCCUUUAACUUUCCCUUGGAGAUUCAUAUACUUCAGAUGAUGGGAGCAGUACACACGAGACAUAAGCAUGUUCUUAAAGUUGAUAGCAAGGUUCUAGCGGAGGUGGAAUAUUGUAGGAUGCAUUUUGAAACCCAUAUCUAAAUUUAACCAACCCAAGUAAAGUGAUCAAGAUUAGAAGCUUUUGUUUUUUACAGUCUGAGUAGUCUUUGAAAGUCUAGAGCUAGGCUUGGCCUUUAUGGAUCUAAAUGACAAACUAUGGCUGCUAUGGGUAUGAUAACAUCACUUAAUGGAAUACUUAUGGGCAUUGUGAAAGAAUAGGGGUUUCAUUGGAGUUCUAAAUUGCUAAACAAUAAACAAAAUCAUGACAUGUACGGUAGAAUAUAAACCUCUAUACCACUAGCAAAUGCAUCUAAAAGAUUCCCAAUUCCAAUCCAAACCCGACAACCCAGAAACAGAAGCAGAGAAACGAUGAUCAGAACCACGUGUCCGUCCAAUUAGGUUCGGCUCCCUUACAGUCGAGACCUCCGUCGAGCAGGAAGUCCAAAGUCGUCAAUCUGCAAGGAUAAAACUUUGCCGCAGCCAUGGAAGAGCAAUGGGCCAAUGGCCUAUUAGGCGUAAAAUAAAAGGGCAAAGAAGUAUUAUAGGUGUUAAAACGUACAUUAAUAACUUCCAUCUCAAAAAGUAACUCUUAUGUUACUUCUUUGGCUGAUAAGAAAAAACAGCCCAGCAUGUGUUUGGCAACAUUUUUUCAUUUUAACGCUUUUCAGCCAAUUUUAAGGGCUCCAAACGGCCCCUAAGUAUGGCAGUUCCCUAUCGAGAUUCAGUUUUUGAUGAAGAUGUAAACUUGGGAAAUGCAAAAUAAUUCAUUUUGUUGAAAUAAUUUUGAGAGGUUUUUAUCUUAAAAUUUGUGAUAUACAAUGAGUAUGGAAAUUUAAAAAAAAACCAUCAUCUACAAGGACAGGUAGGAGUGUUUAUGAUUUUAAUCAUUUAAUAACUUAUAUUUUAAUUUUAUUUAUGUGCAAAUUUAUAAUUUGUAUAUAUCUAAUUAUAUUUAGAGGGUCUACAUUUUACAUCCCGUGCAACGCACGGGUGAGAUACUAGUUAUUAUUAUUAUAAUGACUAGUCUUCAUCUACAUUCGGAAACUUAAAUAACUUACUUACGUAUUUGUUAUUUAAAACAAUGAUUGCCUUAAAAUUCGACUCAUAUUUUGCUCUAGAUUUCUCAUCCAAUUUAAUAUAGUUGCCUAUGCAAUACAUAGCCUAAUCCAAUGAUUGCCUUAAUAGUUCCCCUCAUAUACAUGGAAAAUAAACAUAAUUGUAAUCCCAGUGCCUUUAAAUUCUUUCUUUCAAUGUGCAAUAUACGUUUAGCUCAUGUAUAGUUCAUUUUUUGCUCCAGAUUUUCUUACCCAAUUGAAUAUGGGUUCUAUUUCAUAUAUAUACAUGUUUAUAAUAAUUAUUAGUCUUCAUAUAUAUAUUUGGAAAGUUAUGUCACAAGAGUAAUAAUUGCGAGUCUUCAUGUUUUUUGGAAACUUAGAGUAACUUACCCUAUUUAUAGUAUAUUAAGUACAGAUAUCUAAGGUAACUUCAUAUACAUUUAUCACUAUAAUAUAUAUAGUAUAGAUUUACUUUUCUUCAGAUUUUCUUAUCCAAUUUAUAUACACUAUUAUAUAGUAAUUAUAUUGUAAUAUAUUCACAAUACAAAUGUUUAUUAUAUAGAUUACUUCUUUAACUUGCAAUACAUAUAGGCUCUUCUGCCAAUUCAAGCCCACAAUGGCUUCUUCUGCCAAUUUCGAUUCCAUUGCCGAAAUUUCUGUCGUGAAAGAUAACUGGAAUAUACGGGCAGCUCUGGUAAGACUCUGGUUCGAUCCAACUUUUUCGAUCCAUGUGUAGGGGUGCAAAAUUCAAGCCUCCAUUCGAAAAGCUUUAUUUUGUCAUUUUCAAAAAUCUCUCGAGCAAGGUUCAAUAUAUUAUGUUUGUUCAUUCACACUAACUUCCAAUGCGGGAGAUUUCAGAAAUUCAGACUGUGCCCCAUAAAUUUAAAUAUUAAAUAAACUUUCAAAUGGAGACAAAAGGUUGUUAAAGUGGAAGGCCAAAUUGCUCCUAAAAUGUACUCCUUCGUGCCUUUGAUUUCAGUUUGUGAGGGAGAAAUUGAAAUGGAAGUUUUAGCUGGUAAGUUAUUGAGAGAUUAUUUUUAAAAUUUAAACUUGCUAAGACAUUAAAUAUAUUGAAUUUUACUUUAAUCUUUUUAAGAUGUAGUUGGAGUCCUAAAACACUAUGGUACUGAAAAGGAGACCGAGAAGGAUGACAUCAAGAAUAGGAGAAAUUACAUUGUAUUGCAACUUGACGGCUAAUGUGCCUUCUACUUCCAUAUUUAUAUACAAUCCAUACAAGUAUUCAUAUUAUAUUAAUCGAUGUAUUAAAAAUAUAUCCUAACCGUAAUUAUUACUAAAAAAGUUAACUUGGGGCAGAAGUACGUUGUUGUUUAUUUCUUAUGUUUGUGCAGUUGCAAAAUAGACUGCAUGUUGUUUGAGCCUUAAGUCGAUGAACUGAACGCAUUCAUUGCUUCUAGGAAGCCAAUCAAUGUUCCUGUCAUUGUACAACUCACCAGAGUACGACACUAUGAAGCGGUUGGGAUGCAAAAAUGCUACAUCAUGCAGCGUUUCCAGUUAUAAACCAUCAGCGUUUUGGAGUGAAAUGCCAGCACCCAAACAUCCUCUUUGUUGUUAUGCCUUGCACAGGGAAAAUUAAGCUACAUAAUGUAUUAUACUGUAGAAGAAGAGCUCGGGUCAUAACACAAAUGUGCAACGAGAGCAAAAAACCUAGCGACCGUCUUCCCUCUUUCCACAUUAACUCUUCGGAGGAGAUAACGUUGGCGGAUAAACGGGUUGUGGAUGGGAGUUUUUAUCGGUGUUGGAUCAUGCAGCCUUGGUCAGCCGCUCUAACGAUGAUGGAGUUAGUAUUUACCUAUAUUGCAAGAGCUCAUUCUCCUCCGGAACCACCUUCGUACCAGGAAGAGUUUUGUGGAAACACUUUAUUUCAAUAUUAUUUUUUCUUUAGUAGUACUUGUUUUUGUUUUUGUCCAAGUAGGUUUGGUUUGGAUGUUUGGAUUUUUGAAGUUCUCUUGAUAGGCAGAGUUUCAUUUCCGAUCGCUUUAAGCUUAAAUUUGCCUGUUUCAAGUGUAGCGAGUCAAGUUGCUUUGUAUGAGGUGACUGACUUUAUGUCUACUCCUAGGAUUCACGAUUGGAUCUGUAAAAUGCAAGCUGACGUUUCAUCUCGAAUUGAUCUGUGUGAAGGUUGUCUUGUAUGUGUUCUCUGUUUUAAUAUAAAAGUCGCUUUUUAUUAUAAAAAAUGC